AUGUUGUUUCCUGAUGGUUCCAGUGCUGGGCGUUCGAAAACUUUAAACCCCCAAAAUAGCACUUUCUGCUUCUGGACUGGAUCCACAUCAGAUGGGGAAACGCAUUAUGUAUUUCUCCAAAAAACUCAGACAUCUCUGCUUCUGUAUGACAGCAUCUGGAACAAAAACAACAGCCUUUUCAGUUGCAUAACAAGCAAUCACCCAUCCGCUAUUAAGAGUUACAUGUCCAGGUGUUGGGAUUUAAGAAGCAGCUCUUUUUCAGAGAGCCCUGAUGUACGCUUUAACAUCAGACAACUGGUUAAACCUGAUGGCCCUUGUCAGAAUGCACAUAAUUUAAAGGGAAUUUCAGAAUCUGUACGCAAGGCCAGAGAGCUGAGGAGUGUUGACCCUGAUGGAUCUGUGCAACAGGACCACGGAGAGAGUUUAGAUCUGAAGCUUCGUCGCUCAAAGCGAGCAUUGAUGAUUCCAGGAACUGUAUGGUGUGGCUCUGGAAAUAAGGCAUCUAACUUUUCAGAGCUGGGUAUGUUUCAAGAAACAGAUAAAUGUUGCAGAGAACACGACCACUGUAAGGAGACCAUUGCAUCUUUUUCAUUUGACCAUGGAGUCUUCAACACAAACAUAUUCACUUUAUCUCACUGUGACUGUGAUAACAGGUUCCGCCAUUGUCUCUCGGGGGUUAACAAUACUGUUUCCAACAUUGUGGGCUACGGCUACUUCAACGUGCUGAAGAUGCGCUGCUUUGAGUUCGCGCAUAGGAUGAAGUGCGCAAGAAGAACGUGGUGGGGCAAGUGCAUAUUUUCUAAACUCACACCAUACGCGGUGAUCAAAGGUCCAACAAACUACACUGACGCACUCCCUGAAAAAGACAAACAUAUUCUGGAAAUGAGCUUUCGUCAGACGAUCACGCUCGAUGACACUCAGGUCACCAAAAACUCUGAAGCGUCCUUGUCCGUACAAGCCAGUGAUUCCAGGAGCAACAGUGAAGCGCUGAGUCCGGUUCCUGAAUUACCAGAGCCAUCUGUUACAACACUGUGGUCCCGGAAAUCUGAACCUUCCAUACUACCAACAGACACACCAAAGACAACACUUCCCCAGUAUACAUCGGACGGACUGCAAAAAGGCAAGUUUAAGGUAUGUGACAGCUAUAGAGACCUGGAUUCAUGCCAUCUACAGAUCCCUGCUUUACAGGAGAAAUUCGGUCUACGAAACUCCGACGUCAGAACCAUGUAUCACUGCAAUUGCACAGAACGGCUCGCCCAAGAAAUCUCCAAUAUGGAUGAGGUUGACCCUGUGCAUUUUUUGUUAAUGGACUUUGUGUCACAAUCCUGCUUUGUCCUCCCUCAGUCUGAGAACUGUGCGGAAAGAACAAGUUGCUCUGACUCUCAAGCAGAAGCUCCAGUUAUCCAGCACUGGAGGAAAGGCGUGACGCAAGUGCGACAUCUAGUGGACUUCAAUCGCAACUUCAGGAGGAUGAACCUCAAACGCUCCAAGAGAAAAGACUCCGCAGUCAAAUUACGCAAGAAAUGCCUCAGGAUGCACACCAAACUACACAGAACUCAAGUUACUGAACACAAACUUUUAUAAAUAACAUAUACAAUAUACAAUUUAAAACUUCCUGCGAUUAUAUAAUUUAAUAACAAUGACUGUGUGGAGCAAUAUUAUUGAUAUUAAUAAAAAUGUACUGUAUUUUGAAACGGACAACAAAAGGUAGUAUAUAACGUUAAAUGCCCUAAAAGUAAUAGAGGAAUUACUAUAAUUGGUGAAAGACUCAAAUGAAUGUUGUUUUAGCCAGUUGCGGCAAGAUGUGCGGCCCAUAUUAAACAUUUCAAAGCCGUCUUAUUUUAUAACAAACGUUAUCGUUAUAAUUGGGCUCCACGGGGUAAUGUCCGCCAUUCGUGUAAACUUUUAGAGAUAAACUAGACAUUUACUUAAAUCCAAGGUUUAGAUGAAAAAUACUGACCAUUUUCAUACCUCAAAAUGCACUUCCCGAAAAAGUUCUCCUGAGGUAAAACAUUCCCUCGUCUCCUCAGGCGUCGCGGGCACACACGCGCGCAUGCGCGAAGUUAAUGUCAUCGCUCUUGAAUGAGUUUUGAGUUUUUAGCACUUCCACAGUGUGUGCACUGCAUUGAAACCUUAAUUAAAUAUGUUAAGUCAUUUUAAAAAAAAAUGUGAAUUUGUAUAUAGCGAGUAAAUAUAUUUUUAAAUAAUAAAACACUUUUCAACCGA